AUGUCGGCUUCCCUUGGCCUUGGUGUCCUCUUAGCAUUUCUAGCCAGAGGGACUGCUCUGCAAUGUGAAGUCUGCACAGGUCUUGGCCAGAACUGUACUGGGGAGCUGGAAAUAUGUCCUCCAUAUCAUGAUUUUUGUGCCACUACUAUGUUUGAAACUGAAAGGGAAGAAAUAAAGGUCCAUGGACUCGUUAAGAACUGUGUUCCCUCCACUGUCUGUAAAACUGGUUCUGCUGAUAUUAACCUGGGCAAAAAAGGAAGAUCGAGGACAAGCGUUUUCUGCUGUCAAGGCGAUGCUUGCAAUACAGCCUCUUCAGCCAAAUUGCCACUUGUAGAUACCAAACUCAAUGGUCUGCGAUGUCCAGCCUGCUAUGCUUCCUUUUCUGAGUCAUGCGGUGAUGAUACGGUUGACUGUGUUGGAUCAGAGUCUCAUUGCAUUGAUUUGGCUGGAUAUGUAUAUACAGGUGAAACAUCUGAAAAAGUUGCCAUGAAGGGCUGUGCUACUCUAGCCGUCUGUGAUGCCACCACAGGAGGUGCAGCAACUUUUACUGGGGUCAGUUCAGCCAUCACAAAGCUUGAAUGCAGAGCGGCCACCAACGUUGCCAGCCAAACUCCCGAAGCAACUGGACUCUUCCUUUCAGUCAUUGUUGGACUUGUGAUGAUUCAGCUUUCAUCCUAACUAAUCAUCUGCAUUCGUGAACAAGUGCAUGGAGAAACUAAACUGAGGAUUGGAUUAAAUCUGGUUCAGUGCUCAUAUCACAGCUGGGCAUACGGGAUAUCUGAGAUCAGGACUCAGGCAUAAUACAGAAAGCCCCCAAGUUAAGAACAAGAUAGGUUCUGUAGGUUUGUUCUUAAAUUGAAUUUGUAAGUCAGAACACAUACAUUUUUAAAGUUUAACUCCAGCUGUAAUAAUUGGAAUUUGAAAAAAAAACCUGGCUUGUUGUGGAAACAAGAAUUGGUGACAAAGUUUCAGCAAAGAAACCUUUAUUCCCAUGAUAAUUCUUUCAGGUGUGGAUUUCCUUUCCUACGGGUAGAUUUCUCCCACUUCCUGUUGUCUCACCUCCGUUCUUAACUAAGUUUGAUGUUUGUAACUAAAGAACUGCUUGUAACUAUGGUUGCACAAAACCCUAGGCACAAAUUAAAGAUUUUUUUUUUGUAUAAGUUAACCAAAAUCCAGCAGUAUUAUAUUACAAGCAGGGGGAAACCUAUUGGGGUCAUUUCAAUAUAUGGGUUGAGUAUCCUUUGAAACCAGUAGGGUUUCGGAUUACUAGGGGAUUUUGUUAUACCUGUACUUGCGUAGUUGCAUGUAAUUUGAUAUCUUGGAAAUGAGACCCAAAUCUAAACACACAAUUAGUUUAUGAUUCCUAUACAGCUUAUACAUAUAGACUGGAUGUCAUUUUAUACAAUCUAUUUAAUAAUUUUGUGCAUGAAACAAAGUUUGUAUACAUCAAACUAUC